GGAGAAUUUACAACAGAACACAACAAAGAUAGCUGAAGACUGCUCGUGGCAAAUAUGUCUGUCGCAGAAACCUUUUCCUCGUCCACAACUUUCCUGAAGAUCUGCAUGGUGCUGGCCCCUUUGCAGACUUUAGUGUAUAUAAUUGGUUUUUCGUGCAACUACUGGGUCACUCAAAAACAGAAAUAUUUCGGUAAUGAAAUCAAAAGAAACGCAGGAUUAUGGGAGAUGUCAACCUGUUUGUUAAAAAUGUGUGGGAAUGGGGAAUUGGAUUCCGUGCCAGACUGGCUCCACGUGACAAGGUUCUUCGCUGUGAUUGGUCUGAUCGGGUUUCUGUUGGUAACCGCUGGAGUGUUCGUCUGUCUGCUUGUGACUCAAUUAUCUCAGAGGCGACUAGUACAUAUUUUGACGACUGUGACUGCAGCAGGGACAGGUGUAGCAGUGUUGGUCGCCAUUGCUAUAUAUGGCACUCAUUACAAUAACCCCCGAGAGGUCUCCUCUCCAAAACUGAAUCUGGGCUCCUCCACAGGAAACAUGGACCUCGGUCUUUCUCGUUCAGGAUCUGAUACAAUCAACUGGGCUGGGAAACUAUUUGGUUCCGGCAUGCCCAAUGAAACCACCGACCCUGGGUGGGCGUAUGGACUGUGUGUGGCGGCUCUAAUCUUAGAUGUCAUUACCACCAUCUUACUAAUUUUAAACACUGUCAAAAAACCCAAUAUUUAGACAUAUUACAAAAUUGGUCAUUUUCUGCAUUACAUAUGUGCAAAAAUUGUGAUGAUACCUGUGACCUUUGACCUGGACAAAUCUUUUUCCCAAGAACUGUUGCAUCUAAUCUAUAUACUUCUUUAUUUAAGAAGUUGUUUUUUAUAUUUAAGCCUUUACCUGUAGAUCUACAAUAUAUGAAAUAUACACUACUUAUUCUCACACAUGUUACUGAUUGAAUGUUGUGUUGUUUACAUUUUUCUUUAAGGCAUUAGUUUUAUUCAUUGCUAAUUUGCUUUUAUAUCUGUUUUUUCUUGACAUUUCAAGUCAUUUGUAACCCUUCAUUGUAACUUGUACUAUUUCAAUUUUUAAAUUGAACCUUGAACUCCAUCUUAUAGUUCCGCCGAAAUAUGGCUGAAAUAUAUGGCCGACUCGGCGUUAAACACCAAUCAAUCAAUCGACUUUUCACCUUGUUUUUGAAAGAAGUGUACAUCCUUAAUCAAAGAGUAAUUCGUUAAAAUAUUAUUAAGAUCUGCAUCUUGAAAGUCUGUAGAUGUAUUUUCUUAUACAUUAUAUUUUUUUAAGAAUGCAAAUAUGAUUUGGUAAGUUGAGAAUUAUAACUUUCCAAAUUGAAACUAUCGUUUUGAAGGAAAACUAUCUUAUCAAUAGUAUGUCAAAUGCGUAAAUAUUUACCAGCAUGUAAAUAAAUAUAUCAAUCUA